AUGAGCGCCAAGAGUCCUGAAGUAGUGGACAGUAUGAUUAGUGACAGUCUCUUAGGCAUUUUUAUUAUCCUUCUUGCUGUCCUACUUAGUACGGGAUACAUGUACAUGCAGCAGCUUCGACAGGGGGAUAGACAGCGUGGCAAUCCGCACAAUAACGUGGCAAGAAUGAUGCCGUCCAUAGCCGCAGCACUUGCGUCAAUUCCUGGACGUACUGUCUGUACUACUGACCUUAAUGACCGACAACUUCGUCUUCACUAUACACUGCCAAUGCGCAAUGGAUCACGUAUAGUCACAAUUAGUGGUGAAGUGUUGCUUAAGACGGAUAAUAUGGAAGCUCUGAGCUGGAUCAACGAAGAGGUACCGGCGCUACUUGCGGAUCUGUCGCAGAUUGCGGAUGUAUACUUGAUGUAUACAAUAGUAUACGCCACGGAUAGUAAACGUAUGGAACGUAUCCGUGAGUUUAUAAGUACGCAUCCAGACUUGAAAAGCAAUGACACGAAGUCUGGAGGUAUUAAGAAGCACAAGAUUCUCUUCUGUACCACGUCAAUUGGCAAAAUUGCGUUUGUACGACAGAUUGAACCUCAUGUUCAUGUGGACGUUGACGCUGGUGUCGUUCGUGACCUGGAGAAACAUGUACCACGUAUCGUGCACAUUCCAGCUUUACCUGAGGAUGUAGUAUUUCCCUCGAUCCCAAACGUGAUCCACGUGGGUGACAGCUUUUCGGGAUACUUCUCGCUCAUCAGCUCAAAAGAACGUCUUUAA